AUGUACGCGGGCGCGCUGCUGGCGACGGCGGCGCGGCUGGCGUGGGACCCUAGCACGUACACGUGGUUCCGCUUCCUGUGCGCCGCGCAGUACCGCGUGUCCGCCGCCUAUGUGCUGGCCGCCGGCCUGUGGCUCGCCGCGCUCGUCUACCUGGCCGCAGCCGCGGCAGCGAGCCGCACCCUCUGUCUACACAUCUACGCGGGCGGGGUGGCGUGCCUGGCGGUGAGCGAGGUGGCGUACGGCGCGUGGAUGGUGGCCUCGCUGGCGACGUGGUGGCGGGAGGCCCCACAGGCGGAGCUGGCUCGUCGUGCCAUGGACCUGCUGCAUGACCUCAAGCCUGCGCUGCUCGCUGUCGAGCGCUACCGGGACCUGGCGCGCCCGCUCUACGAAAUGAUCGAGGAGGUAGAGCGAGAAGCGCCGAAUAAUGUCGUGGUCAUCGUCAUAUUCGGCGUGCUUGGAAUGGUUCUACAGAUUGCGGCGUUCGUGAUGGCGCGGCGGCUGGCCCGGCGGGGCGGGGGCGGUGGCGGCGGCGGGGGGCAGGGGCGCGGGCGGGGACGGCGCGGAGAAGCCGCGCUCGUCUGCGCCGGACGAUGA